AUGGGAAAAGGAAAAAAAUAAUCAAGGUCGAGGACCCCCAAAAAGAAGAAUAGAUCUAAAUCUAAGGAGAAGCAAAGAUCAAGAUCAAAAGAGAAAAAAUAAUCGAAAUCAAAAGAAAGAGAUAGAAAGAAGGUAGAGACUGGCUUAGGGAGAUCAACAGGUUGGGGAGUAGCUUCAUAACCCAAAACAGGAAAUACAGAUGAUUUUUUGAGAGAUAUGUACAAUAAUCCAAAAACUUCUGCAACACCACAAACUGCUCAAGCUUUGAUUGUCCCAUAGUCCCAUACGAUGUAAACAUAGAUGCAAUACACAUUUGUACCUGGUAUGAAUCCGACAAUAUUAAAAAUGCUUAAUGACCCAACAAAAGUAAGAAGAAAGAUUAAGAUUCCUCCUGAUCUGUCAUUCAAUUAUAUUGGUCUGAUUAUUGGACCCAAGGGAGUGAGUCAAAAAAAAUUGGAAGAAGAAACAGGAGCCAAAAUAUUGGUUAGAGGCAGAGGAUCUUAAAAGCCGGAAUAGCCUCCUCAACCUGAUGAUGAUGAAGAUUUGCAUGUUUUAGUGGUUGCAGAAACUCCAUAAUAAGCAGCAAAUGCAUGUGAUAGAAUAGAAAGAAUAUUAUUGGCUGAUGCUGACGAAUUACAAAGAUAUAGAUAGGAAUAAAUGAAAUUAAUUGCUUAAUCGUAAUAGACUCCAACGACAGCUCAACCGAUAGCAUAAACUGGAGGUGGGGAUCCAAGUGAUUUAUCUAUGACAACUCCCUAUGGACCCCCUAGCAAGGAUGCUUAUGUUUAUCCAGUGCCGAAUGAGUUUGUAGGAUUAGUGAUUGGAGUAAAAGGAGAAACAAUUUAAUAAUUGAAAGAGAAAUCUGGAUGCAAGAAUGUAUAAGUGGCUGCUGAUUCUGCUCCUGGGUCUCAAACAAGAAAUGUAUUUAUUGUUGGUGAUCCCGAUUGUGUGAAAAAAUGCUAGGGUUUGUUAUAAGAAAUUAUUGAUACUCAGAGAAAAGUCAGGACUGCUCCUGGUGCUAAGAAAAUUGAAUUCCAAGUACAUGAUUAAUUUGUAGCACUAAUCAUCGGCAAAAAAGGAGUGACUAUCAAAGCAAUCAGCGAAAGAAGUGGUGCCUUUGUUGCCAUCACUUAAAGUCCUGAUUAUCAAGUCAGACCAGAUCACAAGGCAUUUGUUUUAAGUGGUACUGAGGAAUAACUGAACAUUGCCAUCAGAGAAAUCGAAACACUAUUAGAAGGAGCUAAAAAAGCUUACUUUGCUAAAACUUGUGUAGAUCCCAGCACCAUCAAUAUACCAACACCCUUGUUGAUCAACCCUCCGAAUGCUUUAGCUAAUUAUUAAAUAACCAACAAUGAAAUGGCUCCCUAGUAAACUAUGCCAGAGUUUAGAACUCCAGAUGAAUAAGGUAAAUUUAACUCUUAUACUAAUUAUCUUUUCCUUAUUUAUAGUGGCUUAUUAAAGAUAACUGUAAAUGCAAACUAUGCAAAUGCAAUACUACAUGAUGAUACCAGCAUAACAGGCAGUUGUAGAAGAAAGAAUGAUUAUGAGUGGACCCAAAAAUAUUAUCAUUUAAAAUAUAUGUACGUGUAUUUAUUCAUUCUUCUAACUAUCAUUUCUCCUUAAGACUAUUACAAAUUACUAGAAUUGUCACCAGAAGCCAGUGACAAUGAUAUCAAGAAGGCCUUUAGAAAGCUCUCUGUAACAUAUAAUCCAGAUAAAAAUCCAGGAGACAAGCAAGCCACCAAAAGAUUCUAAGACAUCAACAAAGCCUAUGAAAUACUAACAGAUCCUGAAAAAAAAAUGAUCUAUGAUUUCUACGGCGAAGAAGGUCUUACGAAUCCACAAUACUAAUAGACCUAAGGGUCCUAAUGGUUAAGCAGAAAAUCAAGUCACCCUAGAAGAAUUAGAAUUUACUUUACAAAAGAAAAUUUAUGCAAAUAGUGUAAAGAAACUGGAUCAAAAGAUGGAACAUUGAAAAUUUGCAAGCAUUGUAAUGGUAGAGGUUAAAGAAUGCAAAAUGUCAAUAUGGGUAUAGGAUUCGCUGUCUAAAUGCAAACUACAUGCGAUAAAUGUGGAGGCAGAUGCAAAAUUACCAAUUGCAGAGGAAAUAGAGUCUAAUAAACAUCUAAGACUCUCUAAAUUGAAGUCGAAAAAGACAUGACUGAUGGAUAAACCAUUGUUUUCAAAGAGAAAGCGAAUAAAGUCCUGAUUAUUUCCCAGGAGAUAUAAAUGAAACAUCCUCUAUUUGAAAGAAAGGGCAUCGAUUUAUACAUGGAUAUGGAAAUUUUCUUAAAAGAGUUAAGCAUUUGGACAAUCAUUAUGUUGAAGUUGAAAAAAGCAGAAAAUCAUCCAACCAUUUGA